UCUCCUGGCUCAUGUCAAAAAUUGAAACAACCUGCUGCUGGAUGAAUAUGCUGCUUGAUCCUGUGCCCAGAACAACAUUGAAGAUGUCCAACAUUUCCUGCUCAAGCUCUAUAUGGAGGUCUCACCUGAUUACAUUGCAUACUGUUGCCUGGGAAACAUGGAAAGCUUUUGUCAUGUACCUUGGUGUUUGUGAAUUUUCACCUGUUAACCCUAUCACUCCUGCACCGACAGAGGCAAGUGUACUGGUUCUCGUGGCACAAGAAGAAGAUAAUGAAAAGCUUCAAUCACCACCACCAUCAAAAGUGUCUGAAGCCAUUGAACACCUCAAGGCUAGCCUCCGUUGGCUAGAAACUUAGGAGGUGGACCACAUAAAAAUCCUCCAACUCAGAGGCAUUCUAGAUCUCGCUCACAG